AUGUUGGAGAAGCUUAACCACACCAUGUCUUCUUCCAUUCAAAACAAUCACCAUCACAUCAAUGAAACCACACCACCAUCCAAUUCUGCAGAAAAGGGUUUUCAUGGUUUCUCUGCGAAGGAGACAAAGGGUUUGGAUUUGGAUUUGAAUGAACCAGUAAUCAAUACAAACCCUGAGACUUCUCUUACUUUGGUUCCAAUUUCUCAGGUUUCUGCUGAUGAUAAUUGUGUUGUGGCAAUGGGAGGGUGUCAACCUUUUGCUCCUGAGUUGGAUGUGUCACAUGCUCCUCCAACACAAGUUGUUGAGCAAGUGCAUUCAUCCAAUUCCAAUGAUGAGAAAAUGGUGAAGUUUCCUUUUGAUCUUAAUGCAAAUUUUGAUGAGGAGGAUCAAAUUUCUUCCUCCAAUGAAGCACAUGCCAAAGAUGGUGGUGGGAGUGAAGCCAUUCAACCUUUACCUUCCUCUCAUUUGGAGGUCACUGUAGAAGAUGUUCUUCCUACAGACAAUGAUAGUGAAGAUAGAGGCAGUGCUGUUGGGGGAGGAUCAAACAGUUCUCAGACAAGGAAGAGAAAGAAAUCCGUUGAGGAAUCUGAGAAAGGGAGAGGGAAGGCUUUUCGUAGAGAAAAUGUGGAAGUGAAGAUUAAGAGACAAAAAGAGAAUACAGUAGAUGAUGGAUAUCACUGGAGAAAGUAUGGUCAAAAGCCUAUUAAGGGAAACUUAUUCCCUAGGUAUAGUGCUCUCUCUCUCCUCACUCCUUUCAUGUCCAAGGCCUACUACAGAUGCACAAGUGCUGGGUGUUCUGUAAAGAAGCACGUGGAACGUGAUUCGCACAACCAAAAGAAUUUGAUUACUACUUAUGAGGGAAGACACAAUCAUGAACAACCAGCCUUCAGGAACCCUAGCAAACAAUAUGUAGAAGAUGAUGACGAAAAUGACGAAGAUGAAGAAGAUGAAGAACUUGCUGCUGUUGCUGCAGCCAAUACUCUAUUGACUUUUGGGAUGCCUAGGAAUUUUUUGAAUGUCCCAAACCUUGCAGAACCUCGAGUUCACACUCUUCAACUACUUCCCAAUAACACAAAUCCUGAAUUUUUCAAUAGGUUCAUGAGACCCAACCAUUUUGGAAGUUUCAACAAUAAUAUGAAUAUUGGGUCUUCCUCAUACACUCCCCAAAUGCAUUAUUCUUCAUUCUUGAAUAACACCAAUACCAUGGCAUACCAAUCCUAUGGAAUUAACCUUGACCGUUAUGUUGCCCCUCAACCUAGGUUUUCAAUUCCACCACCAUUUAACAUGCCUUCUUCUUUUGGAGGUUUCCCUCAGGAUAGGGUUAAUGCUAAUGGGUCCAGUUCAAUGUGUCCUUUCAGAGAAACAGGUGCAAGAGAUGGUAGGUGGAACUAG